AUGAUUUUCAGUUUACGUCACUUUCGAUGGAUUGUUCCAGCCAAGGGCGAAGUUCGUCUGAAGCUUCGAUUUCUUCCAAAUCGCAUCGGACAAUUUGAUCAGGUUCUGAAUUUUGAACUUCUGGGAACAAGACGUGUUUAUCAACUUUACUUACAUGGGGAAUGUGCGCUACCGAACAUUUGCCGCGAACCA